AUGGCCACUAAUAGCAAAACUUGUAAAGUAGUAGCAGUAGGAGACGGAGCUGUGGGUAAAACUUGUUUGUUGAUGGUCUACGUUAACAAUGAAUUUCCCGAGGACUACAUUCCAACUGUAUUUGACAACUAUGACACCAAUGUAAAAUACCAAGACAGCGUUGUUCGUUUGAGUUUAUGGGACACAGCUGGUCAAGAAGUGAAUAGUAAAUCUUCAUAUGACAACGUCAAGGAAAAGUGGCUCAAAGAAUUGAAUGAAUACAGCAAGGGAACACCAAUCAUUCUUGUUGCAACCAAGAUUGAUAUUCGAGAUGAUAAAGCCAUGGUUGAACAAUUGGCUAAGGAUGGAGAAAAAGUACUCACACCAGAAGAAGGAGAACAAUUAGCCAAAGAAAUUGGAGCUGCUCACUAUAUUGAAACUUCUGCCAGAACGAGAAAAGGUGUGGAUGAAAUUUUCCAAAAGGCUCUUGAUGUUCGUUUUAAAGGUGGAAAGCCAUCAGGAACUAACAAUGCAGGAAGUGGUGGAGAGAGUGGAUGUUGUAUUUUGAUGUAA